CCUGUUUCUUCGACACUUAUGUAGUUGAAAGAAUCAAAUUAGAUCAGAGAAAGUUCGAUUCCCUCAUAGGGGCUUUUCUUUGAUCUCUCUUUCUCACAUACGCAGAGAGCCCUAUCCUUCAGCAUCUGCAACUUGAAGGAUGAACAGAGCAAUUGUGAGAAAAGUUGUGACCAUUGUUCACACAUUAAAAUUUCCAAAGAAGGCUUUCACUAAUGAUGCAGCUGCUGGAGUAUCUAGUGCUGACUCUGUUCAAUUUAAUAAUGAGGAGCAUAAGCUUGGUAUGACAACUAAUAUGGAUGAAUAUGAUGUUGCUAUUGUUGGAGGAGGCAUGGUUGGCAUGGCUCUUGCUUGUGCUUUGUCAAACAUGCCAUUGACAAAGCACUUGAAUAUUGCCAUUAUUGAUAGCAAUCCUGCCUUGGGAAGGAGAGAUUGCAUAAAGAAAGAUGACCUCCCUGAUGCAAGAGUCAGCACUGUCACUCCUGCAACAAUUUCCUUUUUCAAAGAUGUUGGUGCUUGGGAAUAUGUUCAGCAACAUCGACAUGCAUAUUUUGAUAAGAUGCAGGUUUGGGAUUACACUGGAUUAGGAUACACCACAUACAAUGCUAGAGAUGUAGGUAAAGAAAUACUUGGGUGUGUGGUGGAGAAUAAAGUGCUUCAUAGCUCUCUGUUGUCGUGCUUAGAGCAAAAUGCAGAGUUCCAGAAGACAAUCUAUCCGUCCAGGUUGUCCUCAAUGACUUUAGAGUCACGCUCUCCAUCUACAGAGACGGGGUUCUCUCCAUCAGCAACGACAUUGCACAAUUGUGGGUGUUUGGCAAAGUUGGAUUUGAGCGAUGGCAAAAGCCUAUAUGCAAAGUUGGUGGUUGGAGCUGAUGGGGGCAAAUCACGUGUUAGGGAGUUAGCAGGAAUCAAGACUACAGGAUGGAGCUAUCCACAGAAUGCAGUCAUUUGUACUGUUGAACAUGAUGUUGAAAACAAGUGUGCAUGGCAGCGGUUUCUUCCAUCUGGUCCAAUUGCCCUUUUACCGGUGGGUGAUAAGUAUAGCAAUAUUGUUUGGACUAUGAAACCAAAAGAAUCUUCAGAACAUAAAUCAAUGAAUGCGGAUGAUUUUGUUAAAGCAGUAAACAAAGCACUGGAUUAUGGUUAUGGUCCUCACCCUCAGUCAAGCUUCGUUGGUAACUAUGGAGACAGAUUUUCUUGGUUUCCCGCUGCGAUGACUCCCUCAGCAAAUGAACACUUUGAAGUUCCUCCCAAAGCAGUCAAGGUGGCCUCUGAGAGAAUGGCGUUCCCGUUGUCAUUAAUGCAUGCCAAUGAUUAUGCAUCAAACCGUGUGGUUCUUAUUGGUGAUGCAGCACAUACUGUUCAUCCUUUGGCCGGCCAAGGAGUCAAUUUAGGCUUUGGAGAUGCAUUUUCUCUUUCAAAGGUCAUUUCUGAUGGCAUAGCAGUUGGCUCUGACAUUGGGGAGGUGUCUUUGUUAAAGAAGUAUGAAGCAGAGAGAAAGCCAGCAAAUAUUAUGAUGACCGCGAUCCUUGAUGGUUUUCAGAAAGCAUACUCUCUUGAUUUGGGACCACUUAAUAUUUUACGAGCUGCUGCAUUCCAUGGUGCACAGUAUAUUGCACCAGUGAAAAGAAAUAUAAUUGCAUACGCUUCAGGUGAGCAGAAAUGGCCACUAUUCUCUUGAGACAACAGAAAUAGCUAGCCUUGGAUCUGGUAACUUGUUUUCAUUGAUCAGUAUGAUUAAUUUUUGUAGUACGUUGUGAAUAUGAACAAUAUUCCCCUUUGUCGUCAUUGUAAUAUAGAAAUAACUGGUCAAUUAGAAAAAUGCAGAAAGCCAACUACAAAUUUCUGUUGGAGCAUAUCCGUGUAGCCAAUUGGUAAACUAGACAAUCAUAUACUCUUUCAAUUGCUUGAAUU